AUGUUGUUUGUGCAGAAGGCAGUCAAUAGGUCCUCUCAACUUAAAGGUAAAGCUGUGCCGUUCGUCGAGUUGACAGUAGCCCAUGCAUCUGUACUAACGAUACUUGCCAUAAGCUUUGAGAGGUACUAUGCCAUUUGCCAACCAUUGAGAGCAGGCUAUGUUUGUACUAAAGCAAGAGCCAUGUUGAUUUGUUUACUUGCAUGGGCUUUCGCAGCUCUGUUCACCAGUCCAAUCGCUCAUAUUACUGAAUACUCUGUACCUGAGAAGAAUAAUGGUAAGGCUGGUUGUUAUGCAGAUCCUGAUAGCUUCUGGCGGAAAUUCUUCUUCUACAGCAUACUGACUGUCUUCUUCAUCCUACCAUUAUCUAUUCUGAUAGUUCUAUACACAGUUAUAGCAAGGCAUCUUAUCCGUGACCCUGGAACCGCUAAUAGUGGAGAUAACAUACGUGCUAGAAAGCAGGUUGUUCUUAUGCUCGCCACUGUUGUGCUUUCCUUCUUUCUAUGCCUGCUUCCAUUUCGAGUAUUUACAUUUUGGGUCAUUGUUUCCCCUGAUGACAUUACUGCCUUAGGAGAGCAGACCUACCUCAAUCUACUUUACUUUUGUCGUCUGAUGCACUACCUCAAUUCAGCAAUCAAUCCCAUUCUUUAUAAUCUGAUGUCAUCAAAGUUUCGACAAGGUUUUGGACGGUUGGUAGGUAUUCGCCGUAAGAGACAUUUGCUACUCCUUCGCCACAGAGCUACUUUUUCUAGUACAUUAUCAAGGUCAAGCACGCGUCUCCCUAGGGGCUCUCCUGACUUGUCAUGGAGGGGAGCCUCUCUGGACUCUAGACAUAGGAAUGGUUCUAUAAGAAGAAGUGUUAUUCUUAGAAGUUCUCUCUUGAAUCAUAACAAACAACCUGAACCCCCACCUCAACCAGAAAGUUAUGUGUAA